GUUAAAGUAUUCAAACAGAAUUUUGUUUGAAAAGAAUUUGUUUUCAAAUAUGAAUCGAAUUUAUAUUAUUAUCAUUUCAUCGAUAUUAUAUCAAUCAACAUUGGCAUUAUAUUUUCAUAUUGGUGAAACAGAAAGAAAAUGUUUUAUUGAAGAAGUUCCUGAUGAAACUUUAGUUGUCGGAAAUUAUAAAUGUCAAUUAUUCGAUCCAAAUACUGGUGGUUUUAUGCCAUCAAGUCCCGGUAUUGGUAUGCAUGUUGAAGUUCGUGGUCCAGAAGAUAAUAUUAUAUUAUCGAAAGCAUAUUCAUCCGAAGGACGUUUUUCAUUUACAUCACAUUCACCGGGUGAACAUAUUAUUUGUUUAUAUUCAAAUUCAACACGUUGGUUUGCUGGUGGUCAAUUACGUGUACAUUUAGAUAUACAAGUUGGUGAACAUGCAAUCGAUUAUCAAAAUAUUGCUCAUCAAGAAAAAUUAAGUGAAUUACAAUUAAGAAUUCGACAAUUAUUGGAUCAAGUUGAACAGAUUACUAAGGAACAGAAUUAUCAAAGAUAUCGUGAAGAACGAUUUCGUGCAACAAGCGAAAGUACCUAUUCAAGAGUAUUAUGGUGGUCAUUAUUUCAAACGAUAAUCCUAUUGGGUAUGGGAAUAUGGCAAAUGAAACAUUUGAAAAGUUUUUUCGAAGCUAAAAAACUUGUAUAAUUUAGAAAAAAAAUGGAUGAAAUUUUUUUUUUUAAUU